UUUACGAACGCGAACAGUAUGUAUCCCACUGACUGAGCUUUUGGCUGCACCCUCACGCCGCAAAGAAGACGUUUCAUGAAAUUUCUAGCGGCAAGCAGUGUCCGGCAAGAUUCAAAUUCGCUCAUAGGAACACAUAAUAUCGUGUUGAGUAUUGCGCUGUGUAAGCAUAUAAGGUGCCGUUCUGCAUUAUCCGACUGUGAGUUUUUCUCAUCGGAAGAUCUCCGUAUCGCCGCUCACUAAUGUCAGGCAUAGCGAUCGCCAGGCUCGCCGAAGAGCGAAAAGCAUGGAGGAAGGAUCACCCGUUUGGUUUUGUGGCUAGACCCACCAAGAAUCCAGAUGGCUCUCUCAACUUGAUGAGUUGGGAAUGUGCAAUACCUGGGAAAAAAUCAACUCCCUGGGAAGGUGGAUUGUAUAAAUUACGUAUGAUUUUCAAAGAUGAUUAUCCAUCGAGUCCACCAAAGUGUAAGUUUGAGCCACCAUUGUUCCAUCCGAAUGUUUAUCCAUCUGGUACUGUUUGUUUGUCGCUCUUGGAUGAAGAGAAAGACUGGCGGCCGGCAAUCACAAUCAAGCAGAUUCUUCUUGGUAUUCAAGAUUUGUUGAACGAACCAAAUGUAAAAGAUCCAGCCCAAGCUGAAGCUUACACAAUAUACUGUCAGAAUCGUCUGGAAUAUGAAAAGCGUGUUAAAGCUCAAGCCAGAGCAAUGGCUCCACAAGAAUAAACAUGCAAGUAUUCAGUUAAAGUUGAGACAUGUGGAAUAGGUGUUACAUGCAGAUAACACUUUCCUGAGCUGGUCCAUCGCUCCUCCAUACAAUUAAUAUUUUUUAUGACUAUAAAAUUACAUAUGUUGUAGUUAGUUAACUUUAUGCUCCUAACAUUUUUUUUUAUCAGAUAUGUACUUUCAUUCAUUGCGCGAAUAUAUCUCAAAAUUUCAAAGUAAAACAUUCUGACAAAUCAGAAUAUCAUCACUGAGAAAUUCUUUCCUGCGCAUUUUUUUCGAUUAAUAUGUUAAAACCUGUUAUAUAUAUAUAUAUAUGUGUUAUAAAACAGGUAAUUCAAAUUUCUUUUUUUUUUCUCUUCAAUCUUAAUGUUCGAUCUGUGAAUCUUACACAUACAUACACACAAAGACUUUAAUGUUACUUUAUUAAGCGGAGACACAAGAAACAGAAUCAACCUCGCGUUUGGUUUUAUUAGUGUCUAUCCUUGUAUAAGACCUUUAAUAAUACAUGUAGGUAAGCUUAUUUAAGACUAUCAAAUAAUGUACAAAUUAAAGAAAAAGAGAAUAAAAGAUUCUGUCUCAGCAAGUUUCUCGCGAUGUAGAAACCUCUGAAGCUUCGAGAAA